UAUAAAUGUGUCUGUUACUCGUAGAAUAUUGUCAUUCUGACAGCUUUGGAGAAGGUCACAACAAGUCAGACAGCAGCUAUCAUGAGCUCCAUGCAAUCAGACUCCACUGCAAAUGUGACCUUUGUUCGUCCUGCAACAUUUUUCAUUAGUGACUUUUCUGAUGUCCCACAUGCAAAAUAUUACUAUGUGUUCUUAUCUUUGGUGUAUGUUGUGACUGUUUUAGGGAAUUCAUUUAUCAUGUGUACCAUUUAUUUGGCCCGCAGACUUCACACAGCCAAAUACAUUGCUGUUUUCCAUCUGGCCCUUUCUGAUCUGUGUGGAAGCUCGGCUUUGAUUCCAAAUAUCAUAGAAAUGUUUUUAUUUGAUCAUCAGGAGAUUUCAUAUGAAUCGUGCUUAACAAAUAUGUUUUUUGUGUAUCAUUUCAUGAAUCUGCAGUCUUUGACACUACUUGCUUUGGCUUAUGACAGACUGGUUGCUAUUUGUUUUCCUCUACAAUAUCAUGCCAUUGUAACCAAAACAGCCAUGUUUUUGAUCAUAGGCAUUAUGUGGAUUGUGUCUGUAACAUUUUUUUCUGUUCUUGUAGGUUUAGUGACUAGAAUCUCUUUUUGUAGGUCUAAUGUACUUAAUAGUUAUUUUUGUGACUAUGCCCCAAUCUGUAGACUAGCUUGUAAUGAUAAUACGAUAAAUAUUUUGAUGGGUAAAAUUUCUUAUGGCCUGCUGAUUUGCACACCGCUGAUACUGAUCGUCAUCUCAUAUUUCUGCAUUUCUUUGGCUUUGCUUAAGAUUGCUCAUGGUGCUGAACGGAUCAAAGCCAUAAAAACCUGCACCUCACAUCUCAUGUUGGUGGCAAUUUUUUAUCUCCCUGUUUUUAGCAAUAUAAUUGCAUCUGUAACAACACCUCUGCAUCCAAAUGUUCAAAUAAUUAACAAUUCCCUGACACAGGCGAUACCACCUAUGCUGAAUCCCAUCAUAUACACUCUAAAGACAGAGGAGGUCAUGCAAUCCAUAAAAGAACUGUACAAACGAAGCACAGUGAACACUACCAGAAAAAGAGAAAUGAAAUGCAGUAGGCUAAAUUAAAAGUAACUACAGGAUCUGAUCAGUGUGUGAAUAAGAAACGAGGUGCAUUUUGCCUUCCACAAUAUUGGCGUUAGUUGACUUUCAUUACCUGCCUGAAAGAAAGAUUUACUUGUACGUUGAUUAUAAAUAUUUGACUGGUUUCAUCAACUGUGAUCAUUUAAUAAAUAAUUUAACAGAGUUGAUUGAUUCUGUAUGUAGAUGUUGUAAGUAACACAUUGGGUCAUAAACAGGCUGUUUAAAGCCUCUGGGCUUAAGAAAGUUGCUUUGUGAUUGCUUCCUUUAUUCAAAACAAUGCAAAAAUAAUUUCAGUCUAAAAUUAAAGCUUUAAAAAUAUUCACAUUUUUUAUGCAGUGACUAAGUAACAAUAUGUCACUUUGCAUUACAUUUGCUUUCCAUAUAACAAAUGUUUUAAAAAAUAUAUUCUGCAUAAUGUUUGUUAUCCUUAUGAACCGAAAUCUUCACACUCCUGAAAAUAUUGUUUGAAUGAACAGUCUUGAAUAUGUAAUU